CACUUUAAGUGAAAUGGGAAGCCUUGAAACCUCCAUGUUUGUAUCUUGAAAUUGCAAGCGGAGUUGAGCACCAUAUUGAAUCAAAGUUGCCAACUCCGUAACAAAUGUUUUAUAACUUCAAGUCUUCAAACGUUAGCGGAUAUCCGAGUGGACAACAAAACUCGAGGUGUAAUGGACGCGCUGUAAGCGACUUGUUGCGGUGUUUUCCCGGCGCCUUUUAGUUUUGUUUUCACGUGAAGUUCAUGCAGCACCGAGUCGGCGAACAAUCCCGAACUUUAAAGUGUGAGGUCAGCACUCUGGACCAGAUCUGGAUCUGAUGGACAAUCCGUCCUCAAUCAUCACCCAAGUCAGCCGGGAUGAAGAGGGGAGUAAAGCUGCAGGAGAAAGGGGGUCUUCUCCUUCUCCAUCCAGCAAGAAGCCCCGGAGCGGAGGCCUCUUCUCCAACCUGUUCUGCUGCCUGUGUCGGGACCAACCUGAACCCCCACCAGUUAAUAACAAUGCCCCUCUCUUAGUUGAAGAGAAUGGAACUGUCUCCAAGAUUCAGGCAAAACCACUGCUGCCUCCAGUGAAGUCAAAAGACGCUGGAAAGAUCUGUGUGGUCAUAGACCUGGAUGAGACAUUAGUUCACAGCUCUUUUAAGCCUGUGAACAACGCAGAUUUCAUCAUUCCUGUGGAAAUCGAUGGAACAGUACACCAGGUGUAUGUCCUGAAGCGGCCGCAUGUCGAUGAGUUUUUGAAGAGGAUGGGAGAACUGUUUGAGUGUGUCCUGUUUACUGCCAGUUUAGCCAAGUAUGCAGAUCCAGUCUCUGAUCUCCUGGACAAGUGGGGUGCAUUCCGCUGCCGCCUCUUUAGGGAGUCUUGCGUCUUUCACCGAGGAAACUACGUCAAGGACCUGAGUCGCCUGGGUCGUGAUCUCAACAAAGUCAUCAUUGUGGACAACUCCCCAGCCUCCUACAUCUUCCACCCUGAUAACGCAGUGCCUGUGGCCUCGUGGUUUGACGACAUGUCCGACACUGAGCUGCUGGACCUCAUCCCUUUCUUCGAGAAGCUGAGCAAAGUGGAUAACGUCUACACAGUCCUCAAGCACCAAGGGACCACAAGCUAACGGCGCCCGACUCUUCAUUUCAGCUCCGAACAAAAUGGCGUACAAAAAGAAAAAAAACCCAAUAAUGCACACACCAGCAAGGCUCCAGCUUCCAGCUAUCACUGCCCACCAGAACACAGGUUGCUUCACAGCUGACCAAGCCUUUACCCUCCCAGUAUCAAACCAACCUCAUGUGUGGGUGUCUUCAGUGACUUCUUUGACAGUGUCAAUGCUGCCACCUCCUGGUCAAACGGAGAACAGGCCUCGUAUGAGUGAACGGAUAAAAGGAUGAGCGAAUGUUUAAUGACAUUUCUGCAGUGUUGCUGAACUUGCCGCAGACGUCUGUAGAGCCAGGAAUCCUCUGGACACAGAAUGGGAACUGGACACAGACCUGUCGGGAAUCUGGUCCUGCAAACUGAUUGUAAGCAGGAAUCAGGUGGAAAGUAAUUGUUUUUGGAAAGGUUUACGUGCAAACACACUUGAUUCGUCUUUGAAAGGGCAGAUGGUGUAUUCGUACUGUAGAUUGUAAAUGUCUGUUAAACAUUUUGAAAUUACCUUAUCAUUGUCACACAUCCUAAUUUUGUGAAGUGUCACACUAUUUGUCUAAAGUCAAAAGCAUGUGAUCCCUGGGUGUCGUCUUAGAGAUUUUAGAUCAAUGUGAUCAGGUAUUUUUUGAACAAUUAAGACAGUGUUAUGGAUGAAUCUAAUUCUAAAAAAAAAAAUUAAACUCAGCGGGGGUUGUAAUAUUGAUGCAUAAUAAGGAGUUGUUUAUCACUAAUAAGGAAAUGAUUGGACAGCACUUUACAGGUUUAGUGUAGUCUGUAGUGCAAGUACUCCUUCCACUGCAGCGAGUAAAUGGCUUAGAAAAUAACAUUAUAUAAGAAAUCAGGAUCUUUAUGUGGUAAUUUUGAUAUUUACCUUAGCAUCAAAUUUGCCAAGUCUAUUAAUCGUGUGUUUUUAUGCUGCAGAAAAGCAAUAUAGCUUCAUUUUUACAGCUUUUAAUCCAUGAUUAUUGAUCUGCAGUGAAAGCAAAAAGCUGCAUAGAGAGCCCCAAGCUCCUGAUUGUAAUUUCUUUCUCAAAACCUGAUGCAAAUAUGUUCAUAUCAAACCUUCUGCAGCUGUAUGUGUCAAUGCUUGUUGGGUUUAGCUUUCGGAAGGCCAUCUUUAGACAGAUCAACGGCCAAAAUGCAGCACAUGUGCACCUGUGUGUCGACAAAUAUCAUUACCAGUUGAGUCCAGAAUUAAGAGGACCAGGACUGAUUUCCAAAAUCUGGAAAUCAGUCACUGUUAAUGGUGCAUCACAACUGUGACUUCAUGAGUGUGUCAUAUGUUUUUAAAGCUACGCACAAACCUUGAAUUUUUCACUGCAUUCUACAUCUGUAUUUGAAUGAUAGACGGAAGUUGUUCCCAACAAAGCUACCGGUAGGUUCGUCAGUUUGGUUGUCAUAGUUUUCUUAUCUAAGCGGUACCUUCGAAUGCAAAGAGUGGUUCGGUUCAGUCCAGAUUGAAGGGAUAAAACCGCCCUGAAACUCUGAAACACUAUUAAUAAACAACUAUCAGAUGCAGGUACAGAGUGCAUCUCUGUACUUUGUGAUUGUUUUUGUUACCUAGCUGAGAUACUUGCUCUGUUGGAUGUAAAUGAUGUAAUAAUUCCACAUAGUGCAGCUACAGCAGUAUUUAACAGAUAGAGAACAAAAUCUAUAAAGGUCAGGUUUUUCUUAAACUUAAAAUAUAGUUGCAAAAGACUGUAUAUUGGCCAACAAAUGAACAUAGCAGGAUGCACCACCUCAAGACUUGUUCAUUCACAGCUGAAGUGGAUUAAGGGUGAAAUGAUCCUUUUAUAAUCUCAUACUCUGUGAGAGUUUUUGUUGAUGUUUUUCCUCAUUUUAAUGUUUUGGUCUUGUCAGAGAAAGAGCAACAUAGUUCUUGAGAGCUUCGUGUUAUCUCCCUUAUUUGCGUUGACAAUAUCCUGUCGACACUGAUGAAUGAAAACGGUGGGUUUGACUAAGAGCCUGGAUAGCAGGCUUGUUAUGGGGCAGGGAUGGAAUUAAAAUCCACCGCAGCAUUAUUUUUCUAUGUUAAACAAGUUCUUGUCAAUCAAAUUAGCCUUUUUUUUUCUUUGAAUUACUGAUUUUAUUUCUUAUUUUGCCCAGGAGUGGUCCUCUGAUACAAUAUUUAUGUAUGUUUUCCAAUCGAAAAAGUUGAUCUUGCUGUUUUCAUGCAAGACCUGGUUGGAUACCUCAUGUAUUAAUUAGUAGGUAGAAUAUGGAUCAGAAACACCAGCAAAAGACUAAAAAUAUAAUAUCUUACUGUUGUAGGCACAUAACAGGGUAACCCUUUUGAAAUGUGUUUCACAUCUCGAUUAGAUAAAGUACUGAUGCUGUUUUGAAUUUGUUGGUGAUAAGGAGUAUUUAUAGGAACAUUCAGUCAUCAUUUAUAACAAGUAUUGUGUCACUAUGGGGGCCCAUUUGCUGAUACUGUACUUCUUACACAUUCAGUAGAUAUGUAUAUGUUGUUUUGCACAGUAAUAAAGCAAACAAAUUUCAUUAAUAUAUGGAAUAUUCAUAUUACUGUACUCAUGAUUCAGAUAGAUGUAACCUAAUUUUUGACUUUUGUUGUUUUAUCAUACCAAAUAAUGUAUGAAUAUGGACUGUAUGUAAUAAUGCAAUUUUUUUCCAUAAAUCCUAAAAGAAGAUUGUCCAAGUGCUCUUUUGUUUGGCAUUUUCUCUUAAGACAGGAAGAACAGAAAUCUAGUGUUUGUAUGUCUGGAAAUUGGAUUUUCAACAAAGUGCACCAGCACAAUAAUGCCAAUAAAAUAAUUUCAUUAUUUUAAAAGAAAA